AAAGAAGGGGGGCGCUGUCACGGAAACUCAGGCCGCUGGAGACCCCGCCGCAGCGAGGCCACUGGGUUCCCCGGUUGCGGGGCGUGAACGGCGCCAACCCGGGGCGUCAGAGGGACCCACCGGGCGGAGGAGGGGGCCCAUCUAUCCUUCCGCAUUUUCCUGGGUCUCUCUCCCCGGCGGUGACGUGACGUGCUGACGGCGGGCCCGUGCCGGGGAGCUGGGCCGCUUUUUGUCAGCUCCGAGCUCGGCCCCUCCUCCCUCCCUCCGCCCGCCCCACCAGCCGGAGCCCGGCCCAGUGCUCCAGAGAAAGGCCGGCCUGCAGCAGCCGCCACCGUCGCCGACCGCCGCACGCCCGUCCGGUGCGUAUCACUGUGCCCAGCUAACCUUGUAAGAUGAGUUGGGGAGCAUUCCCUCUUUUUUGAAACAGGUGGUGUGACUGAGAAUUAAAGGCCAUGGAUGAAGAUGGACUUGAAUUACAGCCACAAGCACCAAACUCAUUUUUUGAUGCAGCAGGAGCUGGUGCUACUCACAUGGAUGGUGAUCAAAUUGUUGUGGAAGUACAAGAAACGGUUUUUGUGUCAGAUGUUGUGGAUUCAGACAUAACCGUGCAUAAUUUUGUUCCUGAUGAUCCUGACUCAGUUGUAAUCCAAGAUGUUAUUGAGGAUGUUGUUAUAGAAGAUGUCCAGUGUCCAGAUAUUAUGGAUGAAGCAGACGUAUCCGAAACAGUCAUCAUCCCUGAGCAAGUGCUCGACUCAGAUGUAACUGAAGAAGUUUCUUUAACACAUUGCACAGUUCCAGAUGAUGUUCUAGCUUCUGACAUUACUUCAGCCUCAAUGUCUAUGCCUGAACAUGUCUUGACAAGUGAAUCUAUACAUGUGUCUGAUGUUGGUCAUGUUGAACAUGUGGUUCAUGAUAAUGUAGUAGAAGCAGAAAUCGUCACUGAUCCUUUGACCGCCGAUGUUGUUUCAGAAGAAGUAUUGGUAGCAGAUUGUGCCUCUGAAGCAGUCAUAGAUGCCAACGGGAUCCCUGUGAGCCAGCAAGAUGAAGAAAAGAAUAACUGUGAGGAUUACCUUAUGAUUUCCUUGGAUGAUGCCAGCAAAAUAGAACAUGAUGGUUCAUCUGGACUGACCAUGGACACUGAAUCGGAAAUUGAUCCUUGUAAAGUGGAUGGUGCAUGCCCUGAAGUCAUCAAGGUGUACAUUUUUAAAGCCGACCCUGGAGAAGAUGACUUAGGUGGAACUGUAGACAUCGUGGAAAGUGAGCCAGAGAAUGACCAUGGAGUUGAACUAAUUGAUCCAAACAAUAGUAUUCGUGUUCCCAGGGAAAAGAUGGUUUAUAUGGCUGUUAAUGACUCUCAGCAAGAAGAUGAAGAUUUAAAUGUUGCUGAAAUUGCUGAUGAAGUUUAUAUGGAAGUGAUUGUUGGAGAGGAGGAUGCUGCAGCCGCAGCCGCAGCUGCAGUGCAUGAACAGCAAAUAGAUGACAAUGAAAUGAAAACUUUCAUGCCGAUUGCAUGGGCAGCCGCUUAUGGUAAUAAUUCUGAUGGAAUUGAAAACCGGAAUGGCACUGCAAGUGCUCUCUUGCACAUAGAUGAGUCUGCUGGCCUCGGCAGACUGGCUAAACAAAAACCAAAGAAAAGGAGAAGACCUGAUUCCAGGCAGUACCAAACAGCAAUAAUAAUUGGCCCAGAUGGACAUCCUCUGACUGUCUACCCUUGCAUGAUUUGUGGGAAGAAGUUUAAAUCAAGAGGUUUCUUGAAAAGGCACAUGAAAAAUCAUCCUGAACACCUUGCCAAGAAGAAGUACCGUUGUACUGACUGUGAUUACACUACCAACAAGAAGAUAAGUUUACACAAUCACCUGGAGAGCCACAAGCUAACCAGCAAGGCAGAGAAGGCCAUAGAAUGCGAUGAGUGUGGAAAGCAUUUCUCUCAUGCUGGGGCUUUGUUUACUCAUAAAAUGGUGCAUAAGGAAAAAGGAGCCAACAAAAUGCACAAGUGUAAAUUCUGUGAAUACGAAACAGCUGAACAAGGCUUAUUGAACCGCCACCUUUUGGCAGUCCACAGCAAGAAUUUUCCUCACAUUUGCGUAGAGUGUGGCAAAGGUUUCCGUCACCCCUCAGAGCUAAAAAAGCACAUGCGAAUCCAUACUGGGGAGAAGCCGUAUGAAUGCCAGUACUGCGAAUACAGGUCUGCAGACUCUUCUAACUUGAAAACACACGUCAAAACUAAGCAUAGUAAAGAGAUGCCAUUCAAGUGUGAUAUUUGUCUUCUGACAUUCUCAGAUACCAAAGAGGUGCAACAACAUGCUCUUAUCCAUCAAGAGAGCAAAACACACCAGUGUUUGCAUUGCGACCACAAGAGUUCGAACUCAAGUGAUUUGAAGCGACACAUAAUUUCAGUUCACACAAAGGACUAUCCUCAUAAGUGUGACAUGUGUGAUAAAGGCUUUCAUAGGCCCUCAGAACUCAAGAAACAUGUGGCUGCCCACAAGGGCAAAAAAAUGCACCAGUGUAGACACUGUGACUUUAAGAUUGCAGAUCCGUUUGUACUAAGUCGACAUAUUCUCUCGGUUCACACAAAGGACCUUCCAUUUAGGUGUAAGAGAUGUAGAAAGGGAUUUCGGCAACAGAGUGAGCUUAAAAAGCAUAUGAAGACACACAGUGGCCGGAAAGUGUAUCAGUGUGAGUACUGUGAAUAUAGCACUACAGAUGCCUCAGGCUUUAAGCGGCACGUUAUCUCCAUUCAUACAAAAGACUAUCCUCACCGCUGUGAGUACUGCAAGAAAGGAUUCCGAAGACCCUCGGAAAAGAACCAGCACAUAAUGCGACAUCAUAAAGAAGUUGGCCUGCCCUAACAGUACUCUUCAUCAAUGUUUGUAGAAGAACUGGCCUUGAAACAGAAAGUUCAUUUAAAAGCCAAUCAGUCUUGUUCACAUACAAUACUGUAUAUUGAUUUAUGCUGUGUACAAAUAGGAUUAUUGCUUCUAGUUGGCUUUAUUUUUUUUUUCACAUUUUGUUCAAUAGUGUGUUCUGAAUUCUAUUCAGUUUGUUUAAUACAUGGGGGAAAGCAGCAACAAGUUAGUUGCUUUUACUAAAGUAAUCCCUGAUUCUAUACUGAAGUUUUCUAUCUUAGAAGUUUUAUAUUUAUUUUAAAAUAUUUACCUUGCUUACCUUGAUGGUACUCUUGUAAGACCAUUUAACUCAUGGUAACUCUGUAUUGGUAACUGAAAGUAUUCAUAUUGACUUAUUUUUUCUCUCUCUUACAAAUUUCUCACAAUUAAAUCGUCAGAGACAUCUAAUGGAAUGGGAGAUUUUUAACAGUGAGGUCUCAUGAUUCAUAACAUGGAAGUCAUUUACUUGUCUUGCUUAGUAUUUGUAGACUGUAUGACAAUGGAAGUUUUUAUAUGAACUUUUGUGUCCCUGGCAUCGCUGAGUUAAAGAACAGUGGCUGGGUUUGUGUUUACUUUACUUUCUUUCUUUUUUUUUUUUUUUUUUCUUUUUAGUGGACAAGAUAUUUUUUUUUUCUUUAGACUAUUUACAUCUUUUGUCAGUGUAGCAAACUUUUAGAAAACCUUGUUGAGAUUUUUGCUUGAUCUUGUUGUAUUUUGAUUAUUCUAUCUGUGCUGCUUUGUCUUGGAAUGGUUGUGUGCUACAAAUGAAUUUAACUGAGGACUGCAUUUUGGAAUCUCCUAGGGGUAACUUGUGGCUCAUAGGAUCUUUUGCAACUUUAUAUAUGUAAAUGUACCCUGAAUUAUAUCUAUCUAUCUAUAUAUACACAUAUAUAUGUAACAUGUAUCUGUGUGUAUUGCUUAUUUUACAUACUUAUACACACAACCCCCAGUAGUAGUUGUUUAAAAUCUAUAAUGAAAAGUAUUAAAUUUACAGUAACGUGAAAGAUCCAGGGAUGCAAGAGAGAGCAUUUUGUAAGUCUUGCUCUUCAGAGAGACUACUCAGGUGAAGAAUUAGAAGGAAAAUAAGGACACUAGUAUUUUUAAAGAGUAAAGGUAUUUUCUUUUAAAUAUCUUUGGUAAUUGAA